AAUAGGAUGCUGUGUAGACAAUAACAUUAAAAGAGUAAGCAGUAAGAAGAUCGUGACAAAAAAUUGGAUUUGAGCCAAAUAAAUUAUAAAUAGAUCUACUGGAAUAAAUCUAGAUCUAGAUCUCAUUUGUGUUAUAGUUAAAUAUAAUGGCCCCAAGUCGUACACCACAGGCUCCUGAUGCUAGACGUCCAAGCAGAGGCCCAGGGGUCAUUCAAGAUAGGAUAACACAGACACUGAGACGACGGAAAAAGACACCUGAUUAUAGUGCUGUGAAUCCUAUUGUGAAAUACAUUUUAUUUUUCUUUAAUUUCUUGUUCUUGCUUGUGGGUAUUGCAUUUACAGCAGUGGGGAUUUAUAUUUUGGUAGGAAAAACAAAGUCAGUGACCAGCUUCAUUGACUUUAUUUUUGACCCAGCUUGUAUCCUAUGCCUUUCUGGCUGUAUCAUUCUCUUUGUUGCUUUUUUUGGCUGUGGUGGAGCUUUGCGAGAAUCAAGACUUUUUCUCAGAAUCUACUACAUCAUCCUGAGCAUCUUGCUGUUAUUGGAGAUUUUGUUGGUCAUAUUCAUUUUUGUGUUUUACUUUGUGGAUGGGGCAUUUGCCAAAAUUGGACUCUAUCCUGAAAAAGCAUUUACUGACGCUGUUAGUCGUUAUAGAGAUGACCCGGAUAUGCAAGGUUUUAUAGACAACAUUCAGGAGCUGUUAUCGUGUUGUGGUGCCAGUAAUGAUGAUGUGGGCUAUUUAGACUGGAACAAGAAUCCUUACUUUAAAUGUAACUCUAGCAACCUAAGCCCUGAAGCAUGCAGUGUCCCCUUUUCAUGCUGUAAAAUUAAGGAAGGAGAUGCAAUAAACUACAGAUGUGGUGCAGAUAUGAUGAAAGACUCAACAACUGACAGAUCUGCCAUAUAUACACAAGGCUGUUUCAAGGGUCUCCAGGAAGUGAUCAAAAACAAUAUCUGGAUUGUUGGUGGAACAAUUUUAGCCAUCUUCAUACCUCAGGCUUUCUUCAUCUGUCUGGCCAAGGCACUCAAUUCACAGAUUGAGGAGCAGAUGUCCAAGUGGUGAUAUGUUCCGGAAUAAAUGAACAAAUACAGCAGAUGAGUUUCAGACUUCUGUAGUUUUUAAAUAGCUGGUAAUAUUUAGGUCAUGGGUUAAAAUGUGUAUAAAAUGUGUAGGCUUGUUUUUUUUUUUAGUUUUUUAAUGUAUAUUAAACUUUGAAUUUCUUUCUAAAAAAAGAAAUACUUUUUUAAAUACAAAAUUUGAUGGGUUUUUCAACAUAUCUAUCUGGAAUGUAAUCAUUAAUGUUCUUAUCUUUUUGUAUAGUAACAUUUAAUUACCAUAUUUUGUUAAUUUAAGAUCUGUCAUUUUUUUUAUAGUAUUGUUACCUAAAGUUCCAUCAAUAUUUUCUGCCAGAUUACAUCAUUAGAUACUAUAAGAGCACAAAAAAUAUUUCUUGUGUCAUGUUUCAAAUAUUUUAGUUGUGGGUCCUAAAACUAUUUGACCUUUGAUCAGCAAUUCACAGGAAAUGGACUCCAUGAAAAUAAAUUUUUACUUUACCAGUGUUUCAAAUUUUAAAAAAAUAUAAUUUUAAAAAUCUAUUUACAGAUGUGGCUUAUAUGUGAAAUUUGGACCUUAUUAGUUUGGGAAUUGUUGCUUUUUAAAUUUGCUGUAAAAUCAUGGUUUUAUGUGUUGUGAAAGUUUAUAAUUUGACAUACAUCAAAGGAAGACUAAAAAUAACACAGACUGCUGAACUUAAUUAUGCUAUGUACAAUAUAUUUUAUAAUAAUGCAUCUAUUUUCUUAUGCUCUGGAGCUUUUUAAAAUUUAAAAACCAAUGUAUUGAUAAUGUACAAUUAUUUUUCCUUGAAUUAAUAUGUAUAAGUAAUUAAUGUAUGCAGAUUGGUGUUAAAAUGUUGAUUGGGCUGUGGAGAGCUAGAGUGGAUAAACUGGUUUCAUUUACCAUAUAGACAAUUAACUGACCUUACUCUAUAGAAAAUAUAUGGAACUGUUGUUUGGGUAUAGUUUUUCUUGGCCUGUUGUUUGGGUAUAGUUUUUCUUGUCUAGGAGAUAUUAAUUAUGGAAUGCUGUUUUAGUUAUUACUAAUUCAUCAUUUCUGCAAAGCUGCUAGCUCCCCACAGCUAUAGCCAGACCUCUAGCUCCCCACAGCUAUAGCCAGAC